CCAACCAACACUUGUCGCCAUUCGCCUGCCGUGGCGAUUCGUAGCUAGCUUUGCGAGCCAAUGCAUGAGUCGCAACCAAACCAAACCAAACCUUGUCCGGUUUCAAUGCAGAGCAGUCCUCUCUGCUGUCUCUCCAUCGCCUUCGCCUUCGUCGAUCUUCCCCUAUAAAUUGCUCAUAUCUGGCAAUUGCACAAUGCCAAUCUCUAAGGUAGCUAGCCAUAGAGCGGUAGAGGGAAGCCAAGCCACGAGCUGUUAGUGCAAACUAGCUACUGUGCUCCAGCUAGCUAAGAAGACUAUGAGCUUGGCCACUACGGCAAUGGCGAUAGUUGACAUGGCCAACGCCGGAGACCGCCAGCUGCUGCAAGACGACGUCAAGACAGAAGUAGCCGCCGAGCAGGAAGGAUCAGAUGCGUCCAUGGUCGACGUCAUGAGCAGCGGUGGCGCCGUUGUUGACGGCCGGAGCGAGCGCGAGUCGUACUGCCUCAAAGGCGUGAGGCACCUCAGCGACAGCGGCAUUACCAGGCUGCCAGACAGUUUCGUCCUGCCGGCAUCCGACCGCCCGGGCAGGGACAACGAUGGCCUCGGCAGAGUGAAGCUCCCCGUCGUCGACCUCGCAAGCCUCCGCGACCCCGCCGAGCGCGCCGCCGUGCUGGAGACGCUCGACGCCGCGUGCCGGGAAUACGGAUUCUUUCAGGUGGUGAACCAUGGUGUGGAGAGCGAGGUGAGCGGCGGGAUGCUGGACGUUGCGCGUCGGUUCUUCGACCUGCCGUUCGCCGAGCGGGCGCAGUACAUGUCGCCGGACGUGCGGGCGACGGUGCGGUACGGCACCAGCUUCAACCAGGCCAACGACGCCGUGCUCUGCUGGCGCGACUUCCUCAAGCUCGUCUGCCAGCCGCUCCACGACGUCGUCCCCUCAUGGCCCCACCAGCCCGCAGACCUCAGGGAGGUGGCGUCCAGGUACGUGACGGCGAACCAUGGGUUGUUCAUGGAGCUCAUGGAGGCGGCGCUGGAGGCCCUGGGCAUCCCCUGCGGCGGCGGGGUGCUGGGGGAGCUGGCUGCGGGGUCGUCGCAGAUGAUGACGGUGAACUGCUACCCGGCGUGCCCGCAGCCGGAGCUGACGCUGGGGAUCCCGCCGCACUCGGACUACGGCCUCCUCACGCUGGUGCUGCAGGACCGCGUGGAGGGCCUCCAGGUAAUGCACGGAGGCCGCUGGCUAACCGUCGACCCCGUCCCUGGAUCCUUCGUCGUCAACGUCGGCGAUCACUUGGAGAUCUACAGCAACGGGCGGUACAAGAGCGUGCUGCACCGGGUGCGCGUGAACUCGACGCGGCCGCGCAUCUCGGUGGCGUCGUUCCACAGCGUGCCGGCGGAGCGGGUGAUCGGGCCGGCGGCGGAGCUGGUGGACGACGGGCGCAGCCCGCGGCGGUACAUGGACACGGACUUCGCCACCUUCCUCGCCUACCUCGCGUCCGCUGAGGGCAAGCACAAGACCUUCCUCCAGUCAAGGAAGCUGCCGCCUCUAGCCAGCAAGCUUAGCUCUAGCUGAUGAUCCACUACUCUCGAUCAGCUCAUAAGUAGAGUCAUACUCAUUCCAUUCAAAAAUAGUAUGCAUAUUUCUUUUAGAUCUGGUCUUUAAAAUUAAAUUUUAACUAAGAUUUUCUUAUAAAAUAUAUCAUUUAUAGCUAAAAACUAUGUAGUGUGAAAUUAUUUUGAAUUGUGAAACUAGUUGUAUAAUUUUUAUACACUAGAUAUUUUUAUAAUUUGAUUCAAUUGUAGUCAAAAUACAUAAAAUUUAUUUUUUCUUAAAAAAUACGUCUACUAUCUCUAACAUUGGAAGUACUUGCUAGUAGCUUAUGCCACUUCCAGUGUAACAAACUAUCGCUUAUACAUAUUUUUUCACAUCAUUUAGACAUGUACAAGAAUAUAUAUAAACCUCACAAUACAUAAUAUAGCUAUAACCUAUAGACACUCUCCUUUACUUUAAUGCAUUGCUUUACUUAUGUCUUAUUUCUUGAAUUAUGUGAUUAAGCUUCAAUGCAACUUUUGUGCUACUCAAUAAUUAGUUAAUCAUCUAGCUAGGUUGCCCCAAACCGUACCGACUGUGUGUGAUGCGUAAUACAUAUGAAGUUCGUGAACGUUCAUAUUAGCCCGAGGUGCAAGGUAUCAACAUAAGCAAAGUUGACAAUUAGAGCGACUCAACUGUAUUUGUAUAUACAAUCAUGCAUGUCCGACUUAGAUUUCCUUUUUUAUCGCAUCGACAUAAGCCAAGAUAUACCAUACGCCAUACACAUCGGUAGCUUGCCUUAUCAGGCGUUAGUUAAUAUAAUUAACACAAGUUUAAAAAAUAAAAUUAUGUUUUUUUAGAAAAUUUUAAAAUUCUCAGAUAUAUUGAAGUUCUAAGUGCACUCUCCCUUUAUUUCUUUUAAAAAAAUCAUUUUGUUUUUGGAAGGAAAAAAAGUUAAAAUCCCUGGAUAUAUUGAAGUUCUAAGUACACUCCUGGAAGGCAGAGUAGAAGCUGAAUUUCAUGAAAGAAGGUGCUUCAAAAGAGUACCUGCAUGGCAUUCAAUAUCAAGGGUCUUUCACAAAAGGGCCGGCCGUUGACUUGGCCUAGGGCUUCCGCACCGCCAACACCCUUGGCCUCUCUCAUCCUCUACCUCUAAUAACCCGUCGGUGGAUUGGAUUCCUCCACCUCUUCUCCAGCAAUGGCGGCAACUCCGAUGAAGGUGUGGGAGGUUGGAUUUUCUUCAUCUCUUUGCAGUUGGGUUGGAGAACUACAUCAUUCGCUUGUGUGUGGGUAGUUGUUCUAGGUCGGCAAUUUCAUCGCCAUUAGCCGUGUAUUUUGUUUUCUGUGCUACUUGAUUCAGUGAAUCCAUGAAAGGUAGCGCCAAAUUUGAUCAUUUACCUCUUUCAACGAGGGCACCACCGAUGUUCGUUCAGAGACUCAGAUCUGCUGCUCAGCUGCUACAAGGCGAGGUGAAAAAUAGCAGAGAUUACCGGAGGUGAAGAAGAGGACAUGGUUGUAUUAUUUUUAUAAGUUCUUUAUUUCUCAGGGACCUCUAUGUAAUA